UGUAUAUUAGGAAAACCAAUUCGAAUUGUUUUCAUAAUCAAGAUAAAAGUGAAAUUGUUAUAUGAUUGUGGAAUAGUUAUAAUAGAAAAAACAAAAGUUUUAAAAGCAAAUUAACUAUUUGAAGAAGUUAUAGCAUACUAUAAGAGAUGAAAUAGAAUAGUGUAAAGAAUAGAAGCAUAUAAAAAAAGCGAAACACAGGAGAAGAGCUGGCAUAAAUAAAGACGAAAAUACGCACAUAAGGAUAAAAAAGCAAACACACGCAGUGCUUUUGAACGGGGACGGGUAUUAGAAAUAUGAAGCAAGUGAUGAAACUGAAACAAAAGAACUGCAAGAAGUGAAUAGCAACUACAUCAAUUUAUUUGCUGUCCGUGAUUAGAAAUCGACAAAAUUUUACCUUUGUUGGUAAUUACAAUAAAAAGAAUAACAAGUUUACGGUUUUGAGAUACGGUCGGAUAAGCUCCAUGUGAUUAAAAUAAUUUUCUACCCAUCAUCACUUUUCCCGAAAUCUUGUGAUACAAAAGAUUGAGCUGUAACAAACAAGGUCUUACUUUUGAUUUGAAAAUUUUGGUUUUUUAAUAAAGUUGAUAUAAAUCAAUCAUCAAACAAAUUACAGGGUUAAAUUUCAAUCAAUUGGCAACAGCCUUUAUAUGUUUGCUAAAAGCAGCAAGUUUGCUACGCUGAUAGCCACCGCUUACAUUAACAUCACCGGCAAAGAAGCGCACAGCAACUACUCUUGAAGCCCUGGCAUCGACCUUUGUUUAAUCUCUUACACUUUAUUGUAGUUAAGACUUCUGUUAACUUCUUGCAAAAGGAUUAACUUAUUAAUAAAAAAACAAGUAAUAACUUUUUGUAGCACUGCCAAUAGCUAGGAUCAAUACAUACACACAACCCUACAUUUCGCACGCAACCGAAAGUUUCCGAAAAAAUUCGCGAUGUUGUACGUGUUCCAUGUCGAUAUGGGACGGAUGAUGUCCUUUGACAUGGCAGUGGCAUUGUCUUCGGUCGAGAAUCUGAAAGAUACCAUUGAACGAAUGCACGGCAUACCGGCUGUGAAUAUUGUGCUAUUGGUAAGCGGUGGCGAGAUGUUGACACCGUCCACACAGGUCUCUUAUUAUUCGGCUGGUACCGACACGAAUCCAAUUUAUAUGUUUUUAACGGGAGACCCACGCACGCCGCCGCCAUUGCCAGCGAACGAGCCGGAUCGGGACUUGGGGGAACAAGUAGAGCGUUGCAAGCAGUUGCAACCGAUCUAUUCUUCCGUAGAGAAACGUGCUCAAUUAGCACUGAAAAUGUUUGAGUAUGCUCGAGAUGAGGAAAUGCUUUGCGAGCGUCUAGUACAUGACCAACAUUUACAACAGCAAGGCUGGUCGGCUGUUGUGGCCAACAUGGAAGAUCUGAUCGAUGAGUUUCGGUUGCGUUUCACAAAUUUUUCAACUGCUUUCGAUCGUCACCUGGAAAGGCGAGAUGGUUAUCUAGAACUUUUGCACAAUUUCAACGAUGAUCUAAUCAUGUUGGGGCGAAUUCCUAUUUUGCCGGGUCUAAUGUCUUUGGCUGAGGAAGAUUUCCAUGGCUUCGAUGAAUUUCUUGAUCCAGAUGAAGUAUUCUCGCGCUCUCAAUCCACACAAAAGUCGGUGCUAGUGGCAGGUGGCGUGCCUACACAACAAACUAGGAGUAAUGAGCAAAUAGAAAACAUAAGCGGUCACAUUGCCAAUGUCGAUGAUAAAAAUUCGACGACAGUGAUUAAGAAAGCGAAAAUGGGCACAGAAUUAGCAGGGAAACCGGCAACAACGACUGACACAACGACCUCUCCAGUGGCAGCUGUUAAUCCACACAGUUCAUCUAGCAGCAGCUCUCGUCCAACAUUAAAUCUUUUGCAGUGGAUUACAUCCAAGGAAAAUCAGAAUAGAUUACAAAUUAUGUGCGAUGAAUGCAUUCAAGGUCUUGGCACAUUCGACAAAGAUGUUUACGCUCAGUUGAAAAACGAAGUUCAGCACAUUUUAAAACAAGCUGAGCAGCCCGAUGUUAGAGAGAUUAAGGGCCUCGGCGAUCGGUUGUGCAGACUAGAGGAAUUCAGGUAUAAGAUCAAACGCUUAUUACAAGAUCAAAGAGAAUUGUGCACCGCUUUCCAACAAAACCAAAGUAGGGCCAACGAUUUAAAUGAUCCAUCAAUAUUGCCAGAUCUUUGCGCUUCACAUCAGUCUCAGCUAGCGGUUAUGGUUACAAAUCAUCAAAAAGUUCGCGAAAUUCGUCGGAUUAUUUCUAAAGCUAAAGAUGAGCUUGGUGUAAAUCUGCACAUGCGACUGACUCGAAUUGUGCAUGUGGAGAAUAGCAUGAGUGAGUUUGAUAAUCGCCUACUAUUUUAUCUGCGUUGUUUACGUCGUGCCGAACGGCAUAUACAGAUUAUCGAACAAAUACACCAGGCGCCUUGUAUAUAUGUGGCCGCAGUUACAGAGGUGGUCCGGCGUAAAAUAUUUUCCGGCGAGUUCCGCCUUUGGGCCACUAAACUUGCAGAGGACUUCGAAAUAAUCCACAACGAAGAAAUAAGGAGGCGACAACAGUUCAACGACAAUUUUGAUGGUCAUUUCUUGAAUAAAUUAUUUCCCGGUAUGAACGACAUGCCGCCUGCAUUUGCCAAUGAAACACCAAUAAUCUUUGAUGCUCGUUUGCCUAACAUAACGAAAUCAGACAUUGAUAUGUUGUCCUCACAUCUGCCAGAUUUGGCACCAGAGAUAAAGUUGCCCGAUAUGGGACCUGUGAUAAAUUUUUUUGUCUCACGUUCGGGUCCCCAUCAGAAAGAACGAAUGGAAGAGUUGUUGCGCCAGCAAGAGGAAACAGUUAUAGGCACAUCGGCUGAAGCGGAGGAGGGUAGCAAUGCGUUGAGUACCGGUGAAAAACCGCUAGUGCCCCAAAGGCUCGCAGAGUUGCAGAAGACCGGCGAUGGCUGUGAAGGAUCCGAAACAGAUACGGAAAACGAGUUCGAAAAACUGACUGCAACGCAAUCGACCGCACCAAUGCUUGUCACGACAGCCACAUCCACAAUAAACGUUGAGACCGUUGCCCGCAGUGCCGCCACUUCCUUGUUAUUGACGCAAAACGCCGAGACCCUCACCGAUGAAACGGAAUCGUCUACCCGUGCUGAGGUAGAGCGUUUGCGAAGCAUAUUAAGCGCUAUGUAUAAACUAUCGUCGGAAUGUAUACGUUUGUCACGUGCCGAUUUGGAACACUGCCGCACAGGAGUUGCAUCCUACCGCGAAGACUUGCAAUCCGAACUGCAAAUGCUUCAUGAUCAGUGGAAUCUGAUCCGCAUGCAAAGUGAGCAGCGCGAACAAUUAAUGCUUCAAACACAAGAGUUGUUGAAUGAAACAACACAGCAGCGUGAAGGCGAGAUUGCCGCUUUGCGACAGAAACUUUACGAAGCGGAACUGCUACAGCCGCAGCUGGAGGAAUUGAAAGAAAAACUCUCUUCUAAUGAACUGGAGCAGCAACGUGCAGUGGCAGCAGCUCGUGAAGAACUUUUACACGAGCAUAAAUCUGAAAUAGAAUCCCUACGCUGCCGUUAUAAACUCAUGACCUCCAUGGAGCUAUCGCCGUCCGAAACAAGUCUCGAAAAGUUGGAACGACCACCAUCCAACAUCGACCAGAACACAAUAGAUCGUAGUGAACACGAAUCGAUUAUAGCCCAAUUACGUGCCACCUUAGAAGCUGAAAAGGAGAAGGCCAUCGCUGCCGCUUUAGAUGUGGAGCGCGCCAUUUGGCAAACAAAAUUCAAUUUAAACUCAGAAUCUGUGAUUGGCAAUGUGAACAUAUUGAAGGAGAUGCUCGAGGAGAAAGACCGACAGCUAGAUUUGGUGCGCAAGCAGAAUCUUUUACUAACUAAAGAGAUCUAUCAGCUAAAACUGCGGAUUGAUUCUCUCACGAACGAGGAGGGCAAUAGCUGGCUUAAAGAAAAGAUAGAGUAUUUGAAUCGAGAUAAAAAUCGCUUGGAGGAGGAGCUAACCAUUGAGAAGGAGCGCUCGAAGCGCUUAGAAAUGGAAACUUCUUUCGCUGCUUUAAAGGCUUCUAGUCAUAAAUAUUUGCUGUUAGACUCUUGCAAUAAAGGUGAUGUGGUUUUCGUCGUGUGGAGCAUGCGUCACAGUCAGUAUAUGGUUGUCCAGGACUCUCCAAUUCUAUAUUUCGUCCACGGAGACUGUCUGUCAGCUAUGAAUUUGCGCAUGCCGGCCACACCGUCUCCAAGUGAAAAUGCAAUAGUGGAAAAUACGCUCCUACCGGUGCCUUACUAUGCAAUUGGGCGUGUCAUCGAUAGAGAGUAUUGUCAGGCUAAGAAAGAUGAAAACCGUUAUCGUGUUUCUAAAGGCACAAGGUUCUAUCGCAUAAAACUCAUGCCAUUGUCGAGCAUGCCACAUUUGGCUGGACGUCGGGAAAAAAUCGAAUCAUCAUUCUGCGCAUCUACGACAACGUCAUUUUCACAAUGUGACACGAGCACUGACAACGAAACCACUGCAUUGCUGCCCAGUGGUUGUAAAGCGCUUGUGCCGGUGAGCGGUUGUAAUCCAGCCUCGCCAACCCUGCGUCAACCUCAAUUUUCGCCCAAUAUUAGUACCAUUGAGGAGAGCAUUACAGCGACAACGACAACAGCACCCACAAAAGAUGUGGUUGAUUUCACCACAGCUGUUACCAAAAUCGAAGCUACUGCGGAAGCAAUGGUCCGAUCAGGACACAUGGAUGAUGGCGAUAAUCCAGUUGCGACAACAUCGGGUGAACGUUGUCGCUACACUAGUUUUAGUAUAGAAGAUGAAACGGAAAAUUUGCCUACCUUAACCAGCACACCAACGUCUAUAAGAUCUAUGCCUUCUCAACAAUUAAUGCUACAGACUGUGAUAACAGAGCAACCGACGUCAUCGGGCAAACAAAAUGUUAUACCAAUAAUAACGGACCCGUGCAUAGAGGCUGCAGACGUUAGUGGUUGCUCGGCCGAUUUAAAGAAUGCAUCCUUCGCCACCGCCUGCAGCGAAGAUUCGGAUGAAUAUCGCUCAUUGGAACACAAGGAUGAUGCGGACUUUGCUGUUUCUGAAUAG